AUGGCAACAUUUGGUGGCUAUUCAUUUCAGGUUUUGAUAAUGGUAAUGGUUAUAGGCUUGUUUUGCAUGACAAAAAUUCUGGCACAAGAUUCAGAGAUAGCACCCACAUCACAAUUGGAAACUGGAACUGGAUGUGCUAUGCCAGUUUCUGUGGUGAUCAUGUUUUGUUCUAUGUUUGCUUCUUUUAUGGUGUUUAUGAUGCAGUGA